AUGCCGGCCGCAUUUCUCCAUUUCUUCGAUUCCCUAUCGGCCCAAGGCCCCGCCGGCGAUAUCAGAUACAGUCCCAGUGACGUCGAGCCGCCCUCGUCGAAGCGUCGCAAGGUAGACCGUGAAUCAGAUUCCAGCAUUUGUGUCGCCAAAGCAGAGCUCGUCUUUUCGCGCCGGUGUGAGGAAUAUUCCAGCCCGAACUAUCGUAGUGUCCAUCAUGGGGUGGAGUCGUUGCUCAGAUUCGGUCUCGAUGGCGAACGGUUAUCGAUCAUGACGUCGCCAACCAGUCGUAUCGGACACUUCAUUGCGCAUAUACUGCUACGCCCGGGCGACGUGGACCGGGAUACUCGGGAGAUGUUCAACAUCGAGAGCUUGAACCUGAAGAGGACUGGCGUAGGCGCUAUCUGGAGAGCUGCCGAUGUCGUGAUUGAGCAGCACCAAGGCAUUGCGACGAUGACAAUCUCUUUUCGACUUUUCUGGAACGAAACCCCAUCUCCGUAUGCGCCUUUGAGGCGAAACGACGAGCGUCGAUGCAGCGAGAAGCUCAUCCAGGCUUUCUUUCCCUCGGCAGACUCAACUCUGAGCAAAUCUGCCUCUUGGUCGCCAAUGGAUUUCUAUAAUGCGGCGCACGUGCCGCCAAAAGACGAUGGCAGCUCUCGCUCAAUCCAUGUUUCCGGUUUGAAUGCCACCCUUUUCCCCUACCAAAAGCGGACGCUACGAUGGCUGUUGCGCCGAGAGGGGGUUCAGUGGACUGCACCAGACACAGCUGUCCAGCCUGUGUCGGAAGAGGAACAGAAGCUGGACUUGGAUCCUUUCCGUGCCGUAAAUGAUGCCGAUAACAACAAGGUAUACCUCAGUGACGUGUUUCAGACAGUGACUCGAGAUCCUACGCCCUACCAUCAGGCUAGUAAACUUGUCAAGGGCGGCAUCUUGGCGGAAGAAAUGGGCUUGGGGAAGACUCUCGAAAUGAUCAGCCUCAUCCUUUUGCAUCGGCGUCAAGCAAACCAUUCCCCAGCUCUCCUACUUGGCCAAGAAAAUCUCGUUCCCAGCGGCGCAACGAUCAUCGUAACCCCAAAGUCUCUGCAGCCGCAAUGGAUAUCAGAACUGUCACGUCACGCCCCUGGACUGCGCAUCAUGCAUUAUACCGGAUGUCGAGGAAUCGACAAGGAGGACGAGGCUCGUCUCGUGGCCGAGCUGGCCGGCUACGACGUGGUAGUGACGACCUACAGUGUCCUAUCUGCAGAGCUUCACUUUGCCAUCAACCCCCCUGAGCGGUCCCGAAGGUUUGAAAGGGCAUACCGUCGAGUCCUCUCGCCCCUGGUCCAGAUACUAUGGUGGAGGGUAUGUCUCGACGAGGCGCAGAUGAUUGAAAGCGGCGUCAGCCAGGCGGCUGCAUUGGCCAGAGUGAUUCCUCGAGUCCAUGCUUGGGGCAUCACGGGAACACCGGUCAAAGACGAUGUCAAGGACCUGCUUGGCUUGCUCUCCUUUUUGAGAUACGAGCCCUACUGUUCUGCUCCGCAGGUGUGGCAGGCGCUCACCACGCACCACAAGCCACUGUUCCAGCAGCUGUUUGGGUCGAUAUCCGUCCGGCAUACAAAGGCGUUGGUGAGGGAUGAGAUUUCUCUACCACCGCAGAGGCGAUUUGUUAUAAGCAUGCCCUUUACGGCAGUAGAAGAGCAGCACUACCAGUCACUGUACAAGGAAAUGGCAGAAGCUUGCAAGCUCAGCGCAGAAGGAGCCCCACUGACCGAUGAUUGGGAUCCAGAGGAGUAUGAAGAUGUCAUGAGACUGUGGCUCAACAGACUGAGACAGACUGCUCUUCAUCCAGAGGUGGGCGUCUACGGACGCCGAGUGCUGGGAAGCAAGGAACGCCCGAUGAGGACGGUGGAAGAAGUGCUGAACGCCAUGUUAGAGCAAGGCGAGGUCGCUGUUCGCACCGAUGAACGUGCCUAUCUUUCGAGCAAGCUGUACCUGGGUCAGCUGUACGAAAACAGCCCUCGGGUUAGGGAAGCCCUCAAGAUUUGGGAAAAGGUACAGAGUGAGUCUGCCAAAUUGGUGGAAGAUGCCCAAGCAGCACUUCGAGAUGCGCUGCGAGAGAAGCGAGGGAUCGAGGACGCGAGCGAGUUGUCCGGGAGGGUGCAGGAACUGUCGGAUUCGGACAGUGAGUCGGAUGAAGAGGCAGAGGAAGAAGCUGGAAGUAGAGGCAAGCUGGGCGAACUGCAGAACAGGCUGAGGAACAGCCUUGAGUUGCAUCACAAGGCCGUCUUCUUCUGCGCCAACGCAUAUUUCCAGAUUCGGGACAACCCAGAGAUGACGGCGCCUGGGUCGGAAGAUUUUGAGCGGCUGAAAAAGCUCGAGGACGAUAGCUAUGAGACUGCCAAGAUGCUCCGGAGGAAGAUACUCGAGCAGGGCCAUCGCAAGGCCAUGCGGCUCGUCAAGAAGAUUGCAAUCAAGGCCGGAGAGCAGUCCUUUGUCGAGAUACCAGAGCUCGUCAUGAAGAGUGAGAAAGGCAUCGAAACAGGCAACAUCGUCGACGAUCUGGAGAUUCUCUAUGAUGAGCUCAACGAACAAGCAAACUUGAUUGACGAAUGGAGAGAGCAAGUUGUUCAGCUCCUUCUUCGACCACUUGUCGAUGAAGAAGAGAGUACGGAGACUACCGGAGAGGAACUCGCAGAUUCCACAAAGAUCCAGGAACAACUGAUGGUGUACGUUCAGGUCCUUCGGGUCAUCAUUGCCGACCGUCAGUUUGCCAUAUCGGGCCAAAUGAAUGGCUUGGUGACGCAUGAGCUGGAGACGUCCAUGAGGCUAGCGAAAGAAGGAGCCGGGCCUGCUCCGGAGAAGCUCAUGGAGCUGGUCCGCAGAUGCGCUGAGGUCAAGCCCAGGACAGCCAAGAUGUCCAUGCGCGGCGCCAUCAGCGAGCUGCGCAGCCUGGUAUCUCGACUCACCAGAGACACAAACCAGAGCCAGAGAGAACUUGUGGAGUCUACGAUUGCUUCCAAGUUGAUGAAGUCGACCCAGACGCUGCUCGGGGAGCAGAACAAAGUGGCAGUGGCUCUGGAAGCAGAAAUCGAGAGCUUCAAAAGAGCCAUGAAUGCGCGACUGGAUUUCUAUCGACAGCUGCAGGCCGUCUCGGACGACGUGCUCCCUCUGGAAACACCGAAGACGGAAGAGGCCAUUGAAAAGGCCAAGAAGAACAUUGAGGACCUCCACAGAAGGCUGUUGAACGGCGAAGCCAAGCAUCGAUACCUCAUGAGCCUGAAGGAGACGGGUGCCCAAUCCAGCGAGCCUCGCAUGUGCGUCAUCUGCCAGAUGCCCUUCACGGCCGGCGUCCUGACCGUGUGCGGCCACCAAUUCUGCAAGGAGUGCAUCAUGAUAUGGUUCAAAUCCCACCGCAACUGCCCCGUCUGCAAGAGGGCGCUCAAGGCGGACAACCUGCACGACAUCGUCAUCAAACCCCGACAGCUCCAGGUGCAUGGCGAGGAAACGGGCCGGCGGUCUCAGGGAAGCGCCGCCAGCAACGGCGACGGCUUGCAGGGAAGCCGCCGCGGCUCUUCGAAGCAGAUGGUGCUCUACUCCGAGUUUGACGCCGAGCAGCUCGAGCAGAUGAAGAACAUUGAGCUGGACGGGCCGUCCUUCACGACCAAAGUAGACACCCUGGUCCGGCACCUGAUGUGGUUGCGUGAGUCCGAUCCCGGCGCAAAGUCGAUUGUGUUCUCGCAGUACAAGGACUUCCUCAACAUCCUGCGCAACGCCUUUGCGCGCUUCCGCAUCGGCCACGCCUCCAUCGACGACGCCGACGGCAUCGGCCGCUUCCAGGACGACCCGGCCGUGGAGUGCUUCCUCCUCCACGCCCGGGCCCACUCGAGCGGCCUCAACCUCGUCAACGCCAGCCACGUCUUCCUCUGCGAGCCGCUGCUCAACACGGCCCUCGAGCUGCAGGCCAUUGCCCGCGUCGACCGCAUCGGGCAGCAGCACGAGACGACGGUGUGGCUGUACAUUGUCUCCGGCACGGUCGAGGAGUCCAUCUACAACCUCUCCGUGCGGCGCCGCAUGGAGCACAUGGGGCGGAGGAACAACAACAAUCUCGGCGGCAGCGGCAGGCAAGGGGAGGAAGCGGCGGCGUCGACGUCGGAGCUGCUGGAUGCGAACAUCGACGAGGCGAAUACGCUCGAGCUGGAGCAGGCGGCCUUGUCGAAGCUCAUGAGCAAGGACCGGUCUGCGGGCGAGAUGGUGGACCGGAGCGAUUUGUGGGAGUGUCUGUUUGGACAUGUCAAUGGCAAGAGGGAAUUGAAAGGGGGGAUGUAG